AUGUAUAAAGAUUAUUGGUAUGUGGUGUUACCUGUACAUAUGACGACAUCAGCUUUGUGGUUUGGUGGGUUUUACUACUGCGUAAGAAGCGGAGUAGAUGUUAUAAGCUUAUUAGAAUCACUUGGGAUUAGCGAUAAAUUAUUGAUACCAUUGAAGGAAUCAAAUGCAGGAUAUUUUGCUCUUGCCUUCGCUCUCUACAAAUUGGUGACACCUCUCAGAUAUGCUGUCACUGUUGGAGGAACAACUUAUGCAAUAAAAAGGCUGACAGUUAUUGGUUGGAUUAAACCAGUACCAUCAAGGGAACGCAUUAGAGAGAUGCUUCAAGAAAAAAAAGAUAAUAUUCAAGGAAAAUUCAAUGAAAGUAAACAACAUUAUCAGACUCAGUAUAAAGAAAAAAAGUCACAAGUUAUGGACGAAAUGCAGAGAUACAAAACAGAAAUGCGUAAGAUGAAAGAUAAAGUAAAGAAAAUG